AUGAAGCCAGUGAGUUGCCACACGCUGGGCCAAAUUUAUUCAGCUCUGUAUUCUGUCAUAUUGCUGUCCUGGGGAUACAUCAUCUAUGCAUCAAUUGUAGCUAUAUGAUGACAGCUAAGGAAGGAAUACCCAAGUAAAAUCUUCAGGAUGAGUGAAGAUUUUUAA